CAAGCGACGAGAGAACAACUCGAGUGUUUACCAUCGACUUUUAUCCCAAAAUAAAAAGCCUCUCUCGGAUCACUGAAAUCAAAACAACGAGUAAAAUGAAAUAAAUCGCCAAGUCGAUGAAAACGGAAUAAUCACACAGUGAGAAAAUAAUGUGGACUAGAAAAUGGGAAAUUUAGCCACUGCGGUGAGAUUCGCUGCAGCUUUGUUGCCUUAUCUUGUGGAUUACGUCCAGGGAAACGAGGAAACACCAAGAGGAUGCGUCGAGUCCGAGGGCGGUUGCAUUCGUUGUCGCGGUGCAUCGUGUGCUCGUUGUGCUGCACUGCUGCACGAUGGUAAUUGCGUAGACACAUGUCCACCUGGUUACAUCGUCGAUUGGUCAACGGGGGACGAGUACAUGGGGAGAAUAUGCCACAAGACUGGGUACAUGUUCGGCCUCACGGGGAGCCAAGUUGCUAUUCUUGUUGGUAUUAUUUCCGGGGCAACAGUUUGCAUAUUCAUCAUUUUGUGCGGUGCCAUUGUGGUGCACAGGAGGAAGAAAAGGGCGGUCAAACUCAUUCGGCAGUAUGAGGACAGUGCUGAAAGACGGGAAUUCCUCAAGCACCUUGGGACAUUAAGGGGCGAAGCAACAACAUUUCUUGCGAUGUUGAACGAUACGAGAAGACAAGUGAGAGAGUUGUAUUACGCUGGUAAUAAUGGAGAUGGUGCUGUUGGUGUACAGGCGUACAGGCCGGUGUUGCGAGACCUCGCCAGAAUACUAGUUCUGGUGAAUAGAAAAGAUGAGGAGAUAGCAUUACCUCCGAAUGACUGGCAAAGGCUUUUGGCUUGGGCUGAACGCCUCCUGAGAAGAUACAAGAAACAUACGUCACCCGAGGUGGCCCAAUUGGUGACAUUUUUGCAGCAACCCUCGCACCAAUUGAACCCCCAGUCACCGCAGCAGAUAGCAAUUGGCCAGAGCAGCCCCCAGAGCUACGAAUUACGUUCAACCCCAACGAAUCUCACGACAUUCCAAGCAAACGCACCACUCACGACAUUUCAAGCGAGUGACAAAUCCAGCAUCAGUCCAGCCUCAUCGAGCCUGGGCUACACCAAAGACAGUAGUCCAAUAGGCUCAAGCCUCGGGCAAAAUAACUCAAUGAUCUACAAUGACAAACUCAGUCCAUCAGGAUCAACAGUUGGUCAGACAACGCCUCUUGUUUAUGGACAGAAGCGCAAUCCAUCACCACGACUCCAGGAACUCGCUAUUUCGGCGUUCAAUCACAAUUACAAUAAUUCAAUGGGUGAAAAUAGUGUGUCGUGUGGGGGUAGUGAGUGCAAUGGACUCAGCAGUGAUCUUAAUCCACAGUGGGAAUUUCAGACUAGUAUUGAAGCGACUAAUUACACUAUCCUGAAUGAUUGGGCCCCAGGGAGGGACUACCUCAUCGAUGAUUUUACGAUUCUUGGAUUCAGGCCACAGGAUGAAAUCACUACUGAAUUAUAAUUUAUUUUUACUGUUGCUGCAUGUUACUCAGAGGACGAGCUAAUGCAUGAGACAACGAUUGCUCCCGAAUUCUGGCAUUUUAGUUUAUUUAUGUAAUUUUGUAGUGAGGAGAUGUAGGGAUUUGGCGGAGAUGGAGUGACUCGAGAUAAAUUUCCACAUGUUCGGGAAUUGGGUUUAGAAUUUUAUUCUGGAGGUCAUAAUUAUGAGAAUUAUUUAAUUAAUUCAACAGAUGCUCUGUACUCAUUAGGAAUUAAGGUUUCAAAUUUGUAAUGGGAUUUAUUUCCAAUUGAAAAUGGAAAUCAAUUUUCUUCAUCGAAACACCCUGUAAAACUAAUGGAUAUGAGGGGGAAAAAUUUGAAUUUUCAACGAAAAAUCUCUUUUUUUCCCCUGAGAGAUUUUUUAAAUUUUUUAUUGGUGUAUCCUAAUUCCUCCUCUUCCCCUCGCUCGAAUGUCUGAUAUCUAACGUAAAUGUGUUCUUCGUCAAGGCCGUGGGACUGAUCAUUAGUGUACCAAAUGUCGAAGGUUCUAAUAAUUUAGGUGAUAAUAUGUGUCAAUUAUUUAAGCGAAAACUACUGCACUAGUCAAUUUGCAAUAUAACGUGCAGUGGAGAAUGAAAAGGGGACAAAGUGUUACGAAAAUUUUGUCGAAAAUUUUCAGUGGCUACAUAUCAAAACGUGAGGAAUCCGCCCAAUAAUCUAAUCGCAGUCGUCUAUUUUCGAUAAUCUUUAAAAAUUAUUAGAAAAUCCAGCGAUGCUCUGGUAUUUGUGUAUUUUUCUUACACGUUACUAUUUUUCACGACUCGCACUGAGUCUCUAUGUACAAACAUUUGUAAAUAUUAGAUAAUAUUCUAAAGAAAUAUUCACAUAAUAUAUAUAUAUACUCGAACGAAAACAA